AUGGCGGGACUAGCUCCCAAACGAUUGAUGAAGGAAUUGACCGAAAUACAAAGCAAAGGAACUCCUGAAGGGAUCGUACUACUCUCAGCUGAUGAUAUGAAAGAAUGGGUAUUCUUGAUAUCGGUCCUGGGAGAGGAGACGAUAUACAAGGGGGAGACCUUUGCUUUAAGGAUGAGAUUUGGGAACAGAUAUCCAAUCGAGGUUCCAGAGGUGACAUUCCUUGCGACUGAGCAAUAUCAACCACCUCUGCAUCCUCACGUCUAUUCGAAUGGACAUAUCUGCGCAUCAAUACUUGGUACUGAGUGGUCACCUGUACUAAAUGCCGUUGCUAUAUGCAUAACGAUGCAAUCCAUGUUAGCUUCUAAUAAGAAGAAGGAAAGACCCGAAGGGAACGAUAGAUAUGUUAGAACAGCUCCCAGUAACCCGAAAUUGACGAGAUGGCAUUAUGAUGACGAUACUGUCUAG